GACCGUAGCACUGGAGCUGCCUCCCCUAGAGAGCGAGAGAGAAGACGACCACGCACCCAUGAUCCAGUACAGGUCAGACCCAUCGCCGAACCGAACAAUCAAUAGCAGAGCCGCGCCCCACGGGUUCGGACCCCGCCCGCCGCCCGCCAUCCCGUCUCCGCCCUCUUCCUCUCGCCUCGUGCGCUCCGCCCAGCGGCCACCGCAUCGCCAUCGCCGAGCUUCCAAAGCCCCUCCCACCCAUAGAAAUCCUCCGCUCCCGCGCCCCGUGCUCCGUCGCGGCUUCAAAUACUCCGCCCCAAUCUCCAAACCGCGCUGCUUCCUCUGGGCUCUGGCUUCCCGCCUCCUCGCCUGCUCCGCGUCCCGCCGCUCCCUCAUGGCCACCGCCGCCAAAGCAGCAGCAGCAGUCUCCUCCCCGGCCGCCGCGCGCGCCGGGGCGGCCACCCGCCGCGGGUUCGUCGCGUUCGGCGGAGGCGCCGCCCGCUCCUCGCCCGCGCUGCGGCCCGGCCGCGGGCUCUCCGGAGUGCGAACCCAUGUUGCAGCUGUUCAACAAGCUGUUGCAAAAGAUGCUACCAAGCUGCAAGCACCGGUUGUUAUUGUUACAGGUGCCUCCAGAGGGAUUGGAAAGGCCAUUGCUUUAGCCCUUGGAAAAGCUGGGUGCAAGGUUCUGGUGAACUAUGCCCGGUCAUCAAAAGAGGCUGAAGAUGUCGCCAAAGAGAUUGAAGCGGCUGGUGGUGAGGCCAUCACAUUUGGAGGAGAUGUUUCGAAAGAAGCUGAUGUAGAUUCUAUGAUGAAAGCAGCUCUGGAUAAAUGGGGAACAAUAGAUGUGUUGGUAAACAAUGCAGGGAUUACACGAGACACAUUAUUGAUGAGGAUGAAGAAAUCUCAGUGGCAAGAUGUAAUUGAUCUGAACCUUACCGCUGUCUUCCUGUGCACACAGGCUGUUACUAAAGUAAUGAUGAAGAAGAAAAAGGGAAUAAUUAUCAACAUAGCAUCAGUCGUCGGUGUUACUGGCAAUGUUGGCCAAGCUAAUUAUAGUGCAGCCAAGGCUGGGGUUAUCGGCUUCACAAAAACAGUUGCCAGGGAAUAUGCAAGCAGAAAUAUCAUCGUUAAUGCUGUUGCACCAGGGUACAUUGCAUCUGAUAUGACUGCCGAACUUGGGGAAGAUCUUAUGAAGAAACUUGUGACAACCAUUCCAUUAGGGAGACUAGGCGAACCAGAGGAAGUUGCAGGGUUAGUCGAGUUCUUGGCCCUUAAUCCUGCGGCCAACUAUAUCACCGGACAGGUGCUUACCAUUGACGGAGGGAUGGUAAUGUGAGGUAUGAGUGAGCUUGAUAGACUUCGACUUAGUCUAUAAUGGUGUUGUACGCUCCUGUGCAUGAGGCGAUUUUUGGACUACAAAUUUUAGGGCUGUCUCUUGUUUUGUAGUACUCUCGUGUUUUGUAGUACCCACCAAUGUGUCAUGACUCAUGAUGUAUUUUGGAUUAUAAAUCGGCGUGUUGAAGUUGAAAUAUAUGUCUUUGGUGUCAUGACUCAUGAUGUGUGCCAAUUUGUCAAGGCCUUUUGAAUU